ACUUAUGUAAAAAAAAUGCAAUUGAUGAUUGGGUUCUCGUCUCGCGCUAAUUGUAUUUUCCGAAUUCUAGUCGUGUGUUCCAUAUUUGUGGUUUUAACGACGUUGAUACUUCAGAAGUAAUUUAUUGAAGAAAUCGUUCAGUAUCGGUGUACAUCAACAAAUUGUUUUAUGUCGGCUGCUAAAUUAUAGUAAAUAUAUGGUGUAAAUUUUAUUAAGUAAGGGAAAACUAUGAAAUGAUUCAAAGAGUAAUUUUAUUUUGACUUGUUAUGAGCUCUACUUUUGCUCUGGAUUCAAAUGGACCGCAGUACGGAUUCAAUUGGAAGUUGUUCUUUAGAUGUAGAUGUCGACUCUGUUGGAAAAUCAGAAACUAGUAUUAGUCUCAAUAUCUCUUCGCCUGAUUCUAUAAAGGACAUAUCAACGGAAUUUACCAAAAAUUUAAAAGAACGUUGCUCCCGAUUACCGAUACAAAAUUCAACUACGCUUUUCGAUCCAGUUUCGAAAGGAGCUUGCGUGAUGUCAGAAAAUGAAAGCAAUGAUUAUUUGAAUUCAAAAAAUUGUUUUGAUGAUAAACAAAGUAAAAAACCAAGUUACUUAAGCUUAGCUUGUUGUGUUAAUGGAUACUCUAACCUAACCACAUAUGAUUCAAAAGUACGCCAAGAUAUUAAUAAGUCGCGAGAAGUAUCACCUAUUCGACCCUCAUCUAAUGUAACAGUACAAUAUUGUAAAAACAAAAACUCUGUAACACCACCGGUUUUAAACAAAGUAAAGUCUAAAGAAUCUGUAUUAAUAGAGUCGGAAAUAAAUACAAAGAAAUUAGAGUCAAACGAAGCAAAAACAGAGCAAGUAAGUUUUAUUCAGCAACGAGUUGAGCGAUUAUAUGGGCCUGGUGCCUUGGCUCAAGCUUUUUAUAGUCCCAAAAAAACACAUGUUGGUAAUAAUCCUAUAUAUAAAGAAGAUUCACAAUCACCUGAGCUAAUUCAAAAAUUUAAGCAAAUUUCACCAAAUCGAGACUAUCAGAAACUAAAUAACUUAAGGUCAAUACAACCGUCAUUUAUUCAAAACAGAGUCUUAAGUGAAGAAUGUGAAAAUAGUGUGGAUCUUCCUGUUUUGCGGCACCUAAGUCAAGAGUUUCGCUCACAAUUACCUUCAAUAUCACCAAAACGUAGUUAUUUACGGAACGCAACUGAUAAAAAAACAAAUGAUAAUGAGGCUUUAAGCACAACGGAAAUCAGUUUAGAUCUUCUUGAUCACAGCGCAGUUGUUGAAUGUAAUGCUGAUAAAUUAAUUACGAAUUUAAACAAUGUUGAGCUAAAACAGUCUAAUUCUUCAGAAAGAGAUGGAAAUUAUUUUUUAAAUAUUUUGAAAAGUGAACAAGACCGCAUUUUAAAAUUAGCAGAUGAAGCGGAAAUCCAUAUUGAAAUGUUAUCGGCUAAUCCCGAAAUACCAGAAGACAGUUUAGGAUUUUUGCGUUCUGCUUCUGGUAAAGCACGGUUGUUGGUUUCUCAAAAAAUGAAGCAAUUCGAAGGAUUAUGUCACAGUAAUUUGAAUAGAACACAAGAAGAUGAAUUUCCUACCACAAUUGAUGACUUACAAGGGUUUUGGGAUAUGGUAUGCUUACAAAUUGAGCAUGUAAACUCCAUUUUUGAUGAAGUUGCAGUAUUGAAGCGCAAUAACUGGAUUAAACCGGUCGAUGAUACAAAAAAAACUGAUUUUAAAAAUGAGAAAAAAUUGAAUAAUAAAACUGUGAAAUUAACCAAUACACCUAAUAUUAAUAAGGUCAAAACGGGAGAGAUAAAAUCUGCUGCGGCCUUAAAACGGGAAGCGCAAAGAAAGCAGUUGUUAGAAUUGAAACGUAAAAACAGAAUAGCGUUAAAUGCAGAAUCGUCUAAAGCUAAUGAUGAUAUAUUAAAUUCUUGAUCUACAACAACUGUUUUAACAAAAACUUAAGCUAAUUAGAGGUGAUUAACGACUUUGAACUAAUAGUCUUCUGAUUAUUUUCUUCCCUUUGAGUUAUAUUUUGUAAAGAACUGCAAUUACCAAUCAGCAUUCUAAAAAUUUAAAUUCCACGAAAUUUUCGCAUACUAACAUGGUUUAAGAAACUAAUUAUUAUUGUCUUUUUAUGUUAUUUGUGAUUUAAAAAAAUACUCCGAAAUUUAAUGUCACAGAUUAUUUAACCAUUAAUUAGAAUAAAUAUAUUUUUCGAAUAAUUUUUAUAUAAACAUAUGUAAAUUUUUUGUACAAGUUGCAUUUUUAAAAUAAGCAGCUAGAAUUAAUUAUUCUGUAAAAUUGUAUGUUUAUUAAAAUAAUGCGGCCUUAUAAAUAGAAUACAAACGCUACUAUU